AUGAUAUUCAGAGAUGCCAAGCGUGUGUACCAUUCACCGCUUGCACUUGCGCAAGAUCAGAUGUUGGGUGCACACGGAUCGCCGCAACAACAAAAUCAAAAUCAAGAGCACCUUUCCAGUCCGGAUUCCAAUCAAGAAACCGACUCUAGCGAUUCUGAAAAGUCCAAGGCAGACACAGACACGUUAAAAGGAGUCCCGAUUUUCCCCAACGGAGCGCAAACAGACAUUCCUCCACCAAAAGAAAAUGAAGAAUCGGGGCUUGUGCUGGGACAUGUGGAGGAAGAGCUUGUCGCUCCAGAGACACACAAGGAGAUUUUCUCCCAGUCUACCUUGAACAAGCAAUUCUUUUACAUCGACAUGGACGGUGCAACUAUUCUCAAUCCAAAUCUGAUUCCUCAUCCCACUGAGAACGAACGAUGGAUCGUGGUUGCUCAACUCAAAAACGCCGACCAUAUGUCUGUGGACAGUUUCGAGAUUGAGUGCACUGCCUCCUUCAGAGAUCUAGCGAUGCGCUGUGACGGCGCACCCAAAGUACUACCUAUCAAGCCGACAAGGGGAGACAAGUGCACGGGCAAGUGGGAGAUAAACAACCUGAACAGCGGCCCUCAUGACGCACGAGUCUUCAUGGGCCCCGAGUCGCCAUUCGUCGUUUACGGUUCCAAUUCCCAAUUCAUCUGUUUUGGCCAGUUUGUACAAAGCUUUCAGCACCUGAGCGAUUGGGAUUCGAAACCGAAACCUCCCUUGUUUGAGACGGGGACAGAGAUGCAAAGACCCGAGCCUUCAGGAAACCAGGUUGAGAAGAACUGGUUCCUAUUUUGGGACGCGGAGGGGAACAUGUACACCCAUUAUGAUGCGUAUCCGAAACGAGGGUUUUCACGAUUAUACUCAGACGGAACAACAGGUCCUGAUCUUGCGCUACUAGCCGCUGAGAGUGAUGGCAAAUGCCUGGACAAAUAUAUGCCCAAGCUGGCUACGGAGAAUGAAUGGAUACACCAGGCGACAAACUCGCUUCUCCUUACCAUGUGUCGCCGGAGCGACCAGACUUGCGUCCGGUCAGAAGAAAAUACCUUCAUUAUCACCAUAAUUCAGCAGAAAGUUCUCCAAGGACUACGCUCUGUAUACGAGCCGUACGUGAUGGUUUUCAAUCAGCGGGCACCCUUCGCGAUCCACGGAAUAUCCAAGAGACCGUUGUGGAUUCAUGGGAGGAAGCCACGGCUAGAUCAGAGCACAACCGAUAUGUUCUAUGUUACCUCAAUGGGAUGGAAAAGCCAGGGUCAGAAGAAUCAUGGAUAUCUGGACGAUCACUUAUUCUUGGCGUUUGGGAUAGAGGAUGAGAUGGGAGGGGCGAUUGAUAUCGUUGCCAAUGAUUUGGUCGAUGAUUUGGGGCUAUGCUACGAAGCCUGA